AUGCCUAUUGUAACUAAAGAUAUGGAUUCUGCAUUCCAAACAGCUGGAGCAAACCCUGGCUUAGAAAUUUGGUGUGUUGAGAACCAGCGGUUGGUUUCGUUGUCAAAGUCAAGCCAUGGAAAAUUCUAUACCGGAAGUGCAUACUUAGUCUUGAAUGCAGUCUUUCCGAAAAUUGGCCCCCCUCAUUAUGACAUACAUUAUUGGCUGGGAAGUGAAGCAAAGAAGGUAGACUCAAACUUGGCAUCAGACAAGGCACUUGAGCUGGAUGCAGCCUUAGGAUCUUGUAGUGUUCAAUACAGGGAAAUUCAAGGCCAAGAAUCGCAGAAGUUUCUAUCAUACUUCAGGCCUUGUCUUAUACCCAUCGAAGGAGUGUUUACUUCAAAGCAGGGGAGCUUGAAUGGUGAAUAUCAAGUCCACCUGUAUACUUGCAAGGGAGAUUAUGUUGUUCAUGUGAAAGAAGUGCCGUUUCUGAGGACAUCAUUGAAUCAUGAAGAUGUAUUCAUUCUCGACACAGCCUUAAAAAUCUUCCUCUUCAGUGGGUGCAACUCUACCAUUCAAGAAAGAGCUAAAGCUUUGGAGGUUGUUCAGUACAUCAAGGAGAAUAAGCAUGGUGGAAAAUGUGAAGUGGCAACAAUAGAGGAUGGAAAAUUCGUUGGUGAUUCUGAUGUGGGUGAAUUCUGGAGUUUAUUUGGUGGUUAUGCUCCCAUACCUCGAGAAUCGCUGCCUGUUCAGGAAUCUGAGUCUCCUCCUCUAAAGCUAUUUUGGAUAAAUUUACAGGGAAAACUUUGUGAGACUGGAACCCAUGCAUUCAGCAAAGAAGUGCUUGAGACAGACAAGUGUUAUAUGUUGGACUGUGAUAGUGAGAUUUUUAUCUGGAUGGGAAGGCAGACUUUAUUGACAGAAAGAAGAACUGCAAUCAGAGCUAUAGAAGAUUUUGUCAGAAAUGAAGGCAGAUCAAACAAGACUCAUUUGACAUUUUUGUCAGAAGGAUUGGAAAAUACCAACUUCCGGUCACACUUUACUAAUUGGCCUAAAACAGUGGAGCUUAAGCUUUAUGAGGAAGGAAAAGAAAAAGUGGCAGCCAUAUUCAAGCACCAGGGUUAUGAGGUGAAAGAACUUCCUGAAGAAGACAAUGAACCGUCUAUAGAUUGCAGUGGCACUUUAAAAGUUUGGCGGGUGGAUGAUGAUGAAUUGGCCCUUCUUUCAGUUACUGAACUGACAAAGCUUUACAGUGGAGAUUGCUAUAUUGUACAGUAUACUUUUCCAGGAAAUGGAAGAGAUGAGACACUAUUUUAUGCUUGGUUUGGCUCCAAAAGUGUAACGGAGGAUAGAACAGCUGCCAUUUCCCACAUGAGUACUAUGGCUGAUUCAAUCAGAACUAAUCCAGUUAUGGCUCAAAUCCAUGAGGGUAAGGAACCAGCUCAGUUUUUCUCAAUACUUCACAGACUAAUCAUAUUCAAGGGGGGAAACAGUUCAGGAUACAGGAACUUUAUAGAAGAAAAAGGUAUAGUGGAUGAAACUUACAAUGAAAACCUGGUUGCUUUGUUUCGUGUACAAGGUACGAGUCUGGAUAAUAUGCAGGCCAUCCAAGUUGAUCAAGUUUCAACCUCCCUGAAUUCAUCCUAUUGCUACAUUCUGCAAGAUAAAGGAUCUAUCUAUACUUGGAUUGGGAGCCUGUCUUCAGCUAGAGACCAUAAUCUUCUUGAUAGAAUGGUGGAGCUACUUAAUACAAAAUGGCUACCUGUUUCUGUGAGGGAAGGGAAUGAACCUGAUGUUUUCUGGCAUGCUCUUGGUGGAAAGGCAGAGUAUCCAAAAGGCAAAGAAAUUCAAGGAUUUAUAGAUGAUCCACAUUUGUUUGCAUUAACAAAUUCAAGAGGAGGAGACUUCAAGGUGAAAGAGAUAUACAAUUAUACACAGGAUGACUUGAUUACUGAAGAUGUUUUAUUGCUGGAUUGCCAAAGAGAGGUUUAUGUUUGGGUUGGCUUGCAUUCGGUUGUCAAAUCAAAACAAGAAGCUCUUAAUCUUGGCCUGAAAUUUCUGGAAAUGGAUGUCCUUGUCGAAGGCCUAUCCCUGGACAUCCCUAUUUAUAUUGUAACGGAAGGUUACGAGCCACCAUUUUUCACUUGUUUCUUUUCAUGGGAUCACACAAAAGAAAAUAUUGUUGGCAACUCAUUUGAGAGAAAGCUUGCAAUUCUGAAAGGAAAAGCAAAAAGUGCAGAAGGACAUAUUAGAACCCCAUUAAAAGCUACCUCCAGGGACUCUACUCCUAAUGGUCACAGAAGCAUUUCUGUUUUCUCCAAUGGUCGUGGAAGAAGUGGUUCGCCUAUACCUAGCAGUGCAGGUUCAGAUCAUAGGCAAUCAGGUGAUAAACUUCUUGCUAGCCCAACCCCAGUUGUCAAGAAGCUCUUUGAAGGAUCUCCUGCCAAUGAUAGUUCUGAAAAAACAAUGCCACAGUCUGACUCUCCAGCAACAGAACUGAGCUCAUCUAAUGAGUCUGCAAGUUUCACUCAAAAGGAUAGAAAUAUGAACGGGGAGAAUACGCCAAUAUACCCCUACGAACGCCUGAGAGUGGUUUCUGCUAAUCCAGUAACUGGCAUUGAUUUGACCAAAAGAGAGGUAUAUUUAUCUAAUGAAGAAUUCCGUGAGAAGUUUGGAAUGCCAAAAUCUGCUUUCUCUAAGCUUCCUAGAUGGAAACAAAACAAACUGAAGAUGAGUAUAGAUGAAGUUGAUCAUAUGGUGAGAUUGAUGUAG